CGGUGGGGUUAUCGUCGGUUAGCUGACUGUUAUAAAGUGACAGCUAACAGCGAGCUAACUGAGGCUAACUGUGGCUAAAAAUAUUCUGUUGCUGAAGUGAUCCGAGGCGGGCACAGCUGACGGAUAGGACAGGUUGCACCAUAAAUAGCGAGGCAUUAUGGGAAACACAAGUGACAGAGUGGCUGGAGAUCGCCAUGGAGCAAAGGCGCACCGCUCAGACAGCAGCGGCAGUCACAAAGACCAAGAACCCAGCAGCAAGAUGGUGGACAGCACGGAUGACCCCAACAUCUUUAACACACAUGGGCCAGAGUCCAAGGUAUUAGAGGAGAAAGAAUUCACCCCAGAUCUGGAUGACCUAGUGAAAAUUGGUCCUCAAGCUCGACCCACAGUCAUCCGCUGGGCCGGAGGAGGAAAGGAAGUCUACAUAGCUGGUUCCUUUAAUAACUGGGGCACGAAGAUACCACUGAAUAAGAGCCAUAAUGACUUUGUAGCGAUCCUAGACCUGCCAGAAGGAGAGCACCAGUACAAGUUUUUUGUAGAUGGACAGUGGGUCCACGAUGCCUCAGAGCCAGUUGUAACCAGCCAGCUUGGCACCAUCAACAACCUGAUCCAGGUGAAGAAGUCAGACUUUGAGGUGUUUGACGCCCUGCAGGUUGACUCUCUGGAGUCGGACACAUCAGAUCUGUCCAGCUCCCCUCCAGGUCCAUAUGGGCAGGAGCAGUACGUUUUCAGACCUGAGGAGCAUUUCAAAGCCCCACCUAUUCUCCCUCCUCACCUCCUUCAAGUCAUUCUCAACAAGGACACCAAUAUAUCUUGUGACCCUGCCCUGCUGCCUGAACCCAACCAUGUCAUGCUGAACCAUCUUUACGCUCUCUCCAUAAAGGAUGGAGUGAUGGUACUGAGUGCGACUCACAGAUACAAGAAGAAAUACGUCACCUCUCUGCUUUACAAGCCUAUCUAAACCUCGACCUGCUCCACACGGCUUUUAGAGAGCAGCAUGUUUGUAUUCUGCUGGUUUUUUCUGUAUCAUCACAUUUAGCCAAAUCUUGCACUGAAUCAAGUUUACAGGCGAGCUUAAGGCCAGUGGCUGUGACUGUGGCUUGGUUUUUUUAAAGGGUUGCACUUCGGUCUACAUAGGGCUCUGAACAAAAGUAGCCAAGUGUGUUUGUGUGUGUAUGGAGGGUGUCAGAAGGAGAUGACAAGAACCAUACUGUGGCUUUUACCUGACAUCCCUACAUAGACGAGAGACUGAUUAAAUCACUGUGUGUAUUUCAGUGUUUGCUGCACAUUGUGAAUAUAUGCAUGUGCGUGUGUAAAGCAAGAUUAAUUUUUAAGUAUAUGGAGUAAAGGAUGGAGGUGAUCUGUAAAGGAUUAGUUUCUUUAUGUUGAUUUUAAGGAUAGUCUCGUAAAGCGAGGGCUAUGUGAGUAGUGAUGUAGAUCAACAGUUUGAUUUUUGAUUGUUGUGUCGUCAUAUACUCCUUGAACUGUUGAACUAAUUGACCUGUAAGUAUUUAUGGUAAGUGCAUGCAGAAUGACAGAAUGGCUUCAUCUGGCCCAGAGUCGGGGGUUUAGGUGCGGAAGAGAGCAGCGGACUCUGCAUUGCUUGAAUAUGAAGUGCAAUAACCUGCUGUAAAAACACGAGACAGCAAUGAACAACUCAUUUUGUCAGUAUUACAUAUUAUGUUGAACUUCUUACUGUUAAGCCAUCACACAGUGGAAUCUACAACAUGAACUAAACUACCAAGUUCAGUCCAGUUUUGUAAAUGCAGAGGUCACUAUAGAUUGAGUACUUGUCUGUUUCAACAGGAAAAAUAUAUUUCCACAUGGAGAAUGGUGGUCAGAUGUUGAUGUUUAGUUCUGCUGUUGCCUUUAUCCUGACAUCAUUUUGCGAGCACUUUACCAUCCUGUGAGCAGGAAGUGUUGAUAUAAGCUUUUAACUAUGCAGCAGACAACUCUUGUACUGUAGCUUCUCUGGGCUAUAAAAUCCAAUUUGUGCUCUUUUUUUUUUCUAGAUAUGAUAAACUUGCAGUGAUUUAUACUUGUGUGUGUGUGUGUGUGCAUCUAUAUUGAGUUCUGUUUAUCAAAUAGGAAUAUACUGUAUGUAUCUGUUACAUGUAUAGUCAUACACUGAGGCGCGUUCACCCGAACUGUUUCAUCUUGCUGCUUUGCCUGUAUUGAAUGUCUGUAAAUUGUAAGAAUACGUGUACUGAGUGUGAUACGCAGUCAGAAGCAGAUCGGCCGCACACACACCUCGAAAUGUGAUCAGAGGCACAUUUUCAGGUGAAUUUACAGGGCAAUGAGGAUAAGUAGUUGCCAUUAAUUUAAAAGUUGUACAAAGUUUGCUCACAUCUGUGUUCUUUACAGUAUAACCAUUUAAGAAAAUCUGUAUUUUGAAAUAUGGUGGCUUUGAAAGUUAUUUUUGUCACUCAUAAGUUGUGCUGUUUAAAUGUCUGCACUUACAGUACAGUAUAUACCCACAGUUGAUACACGCUACAGGCUUAUAAAAGGGGUUUUCAUAAAUCCUGUUGGUUGUUCAACUAGACGCUCUGAAAGUAUUUUGUGAAUGUCGAGCCUCGCCAUUAAGUUUUGUCCAAAGAGUUUUUAAGACGUACAGAUAUAAUAAGGGAGUGUGUGAACAAGCGCCGUGGACGCCACAUGGUGUUUUAAGGCUUAAACCAAAACUUGAAUUUUACAACCAUUUCAUGAAUGUUUUAAAAUGCUUUGCAGAACCAGUGUGAUGAUUCAGUGUACAAGGUUUUACUUGUUUGCAAAUAAAGAGAGGACACGCUGGUCCUAA